AUGCUUCCUGCUGGCCUUCGAAUUUGGAGUGUGGGACUGGGAGGCGCGAGUGGUGGCUUGGUGGCUGUCGGCGGGAGUGGUCUGCCGAGUGUGGGACUGGGAGGCGGCGGCCGGCGAUUGGAGUGGCGCUGGUCGGCGACUGGAGUGCCGACUGUGGGAGAAGUCGAUUCGAGGGUCGGGGUCACGGGGAAACGGCGAAACGCCGUCGGGAAGAGGCUGGCGGCUGCGGCGGCUGCUGAUUCGUAG